CAACAGUCCUAGUUGAAUUGCAUGCUGCAUGGCGUCUAUUUAGUGUCGUUUAUUAAUUUUAUUUUGUGGGUGAACGGUGUAUAUCUUACAUCAGCGUCGCUUUUACUAAAUUAUCAACAGUUUACAGCGUUAUUAAACAUGUCUGCUGAUAACAUUGAAAAAUUAUAUCAAAACUAUGGCAUUCUUGCUGAUGCUAAAGAAGACAUUUCUAAGCAUGAAAAAGAGUACUUGGAGAUACUUGCUGCAGUUAAAGGAUCGAGUAAAGAGAAACGUUUGGCAUCACAGUUUAUUGCGAAAUUCUUCAACAGUUUCCCUAACUUAACGGACCAGGCAAUUGAAGCUCAGUUUGAUCUCUGUGAAGAUGAUGACGUUGCGAUUCGAAAGCAAGCGAUCAAAGAUCUACCAGCAAUGUGUAAAAAUAAUAAGGAACACACGACUAGAAUUGCUGAUAUUUUAGCUCAGCUAUUACAGUCUGAAGAUGCUACAGAAAUAAAUGUUGUAACAAACUCAUUGGUUACGAUCUUGAAAAGUGACCCGAAAGGGACUUUAACGGGCUUAUUCUCUCAAAUCCAUCAGAGCACAGAUAGUGAUGUCCCAAAUGAAAUUGUAAGAGAAAGAUGUAUUAAGUUUUUGGCAACAAAAGUUAAGCAGUUAGGUCGGGAUGUCAUUGAUAAAGAUGCAGAAGAUCUUAUCAUAGCUGAAGGAAAGAAAAUCUUACAGGAUUCCGUUGCUGAAGAAUUUGAGCACAUAAUGGAUUUGUUGACUUGGUCAAAGCUUGGUAAAACACCAGCAGGAAAAAAGGAAAUGACCCAAUUGAUAGCAGCAUUGGCGUUCACACCAGAUGAUUGGCACCCAGAAGACCCUGAGUAUGUGGACAGGCUGAUUCAAUGCACUCAACAUGCAAUUCCUCUUUUUACUGCUCAAGUGGAUUCAACACAGUUUGUCAAUAUCUUCUGUGACCAUGUCUUGCUUCGAUGGAAUGAUAUUGCCACCACAGGAGGAGGGACUGACUUGAAACUGGAGAUAUUAAAAAUAUUUGCAGAAUUAACUGAAAACUGUGGAGAAAUUGAAAAGGCUCAAGACAAAAUAAACAUCGUUUAUGAUGUUUUAAUGAACUACUUACCAGAAGCACCAGUUGAACAUGAAGAAGAAAAUGCUGUAAAAGAAGGAGAAAGUAAAUCAGAUGACACCAAAUCGACAACAGCUCCUUCCUUGCAGUUUUCACAUGUGGAAUGUGCACUUUUUGCAUUACAUUCCUUAUGCAGAAAAGCACCAGAAGCUCUAGGAGCUGAUACAGCUCGACUAAAGUCAUUAAGGUUACGCCUUCAAUAUACUGCAAGGCUUACUCAAGGAUAUAUUAAAAAACUCAAAGAAGUUACGCAGAGCAAAAAAGGUGAAGAUGAAAAUACAGAAGAAAAUAAAUUGAAAAUAGCAGCUUUAAAAACAACAUCAAAUAUUAAUACUCUCAUAAGGGACAUAUUCCGUACUCCACCCAGCUUCAAGAGUAAAGUACAACUUUCGUUCCAGACAAAGAAGGUUGAAAAAGAGAUAACACCAUCUAAUGAUGCACUAGACAAAGAAAAGCAAUCAUCAGGAUCGAAACGUCACAGACCAAUAACCUUUGACAAUGGGGAGAAAAAUGAAUUACCUGAAAAGAAAUCACGUAGUGGUGAUAGAAACCUUAAAAUGUAUACACCACCCUCUGGCAAAUACAGUUCAAGGCUAAAUAAUUCUGGACGUUUCUCUGGCCCUAAUUCUGGCAGGGGUAGAGGGAGUUAUGGCAAAAGGGACUUUUGGAACAAUGGUGCACCAUUUAGAAAGCGCUACUAAAAUUUAUUAAAAAGAGGACUAUUUCUAUCAAUCAAUUUCUUACAGAUGUAAGAAUAUUAAUAGUCACCAUAUAAUUUACAAACUUUUUGCUUUGUUAUACAACAAGGCAUAAAAUGCUUUUUGAAUAAAGAUGAUUUGCAGACUUAAUAAGAACCAUCUAACUAAAAUAAAUGACAAGAAAGUUUAUUUCAAGAUUAGGCGACCAUUUUUAUUUAUUCUCUUUACCGACGUUGUUGAUUAGUUUUGUCAGUCCAAAAUUUAGUUAGCUGCUCCAGAAGAAGGUGGCACGAAUAUUUUUCCAGUUGCAGUUUUCAGGGUUGCAGCAGCUUCAUGGUUAUUGUACGUAGAUGAUAUAUUGACAAAUUUAUUUAACUAAAUAAUGCAUGUUCAAAUUAAAUAGCCAUUGUAGUUCUUAAGUUAUCCCUCCACAUUCAGAAGGUAAGCCUAGUUAAUUGUUUACCUCAUUGUGGCAGGCAACUCUACAUCUAGAAAUUGUAAGUAUAAAAUUUUAUAGUUUUAAAUACAACCUAUCCUGUCCCAGCAAUUUAACAUGUGAUUGGUAGCCAUUCAACUGUAUGGUAAGUAUUUUCGACAUAUAUACCUAGGUUAUUAUUAAUAAUAAUUCAAGGACGGGAGUUUUGUGAAAUGAAGCAAUUAUUUUCGAGAAUAUGGCUGCCAUUUAAUAUUGUUUCAGAUCUGUCUCUAGUAACUUCUUUUUAACCAAAGAAGUAACUGCCUGGAUUAAAUUCACCUUCAUAUAAUAAAAUUUUCUUCCCAAA